AUGGAAGAUAUGCAAGUUGAAAAGAAUACAGAAGGAUCAUCAUCAUCAUCAUCAAAUAAUAAUAAUAAUAAUUCAAUUUCAAAUGAAUUCGAUUUAGAAACUUAUAUCAAUAAUUAUUCAGGAUUUACAAAGAUUCAUAGAUUAAUUUUCAUUGCUGAUAAUUGUAAACAAUUAGAAGUUGAAGCAUAUAAUAUGGCAUUGAAAGAAGUGCAAAAAACACCAAAUCUUGAACUCUACAAUACAAUCAUCAAUAAAUCACACGGUAUUCUCGAACUUGACCCAGUAUACAUUGAAAAUUUAAGUAAAAAGAAUUCCUUACAAUUAGAUAAAUUAGAACAAGAUUUAAAUACUGCUAAAUCAAAUAUGGUAAAAGAUAGUAUUCGUUUUGCACAAAAUGAUUUAGGUGAAUUUUAUUAUAAAAUUGGGGAUCAUCAAAAUGCAUUAAAAUGUUUUAUUAGAACUAGAGAUUAUUGUACAACAUCAAAACAUGUUUUAGCAAUGUGUUUUAAUAUUAUUAAAUUAGGUGUAGAUACUCAAAACUAUACUCAUGCACCAUCAUACAUUGCAAAAGCUGAACAAAGUCCAGAUUUAGAUAAUGUUUCAAAUGCUAAACUUCGUUCUGUUAAUGGUCUUUACAAUUUAGAUGGUUCUCGUUAUAAAUUAGCAGCUAGAAAAUUCAUUGAAACUCCUUUUGAACAAUCAAAUGUAUUUUCAGAUAUAAUUUCACCACAAGAUAUUGCAUAUUAUGGUGGAUUAUGUGCAUUGGCAACAUUUGAUAGAAAUGAAUUAAAGAAGAAAGUGAUUGAUGAUCCAAUGUUUAAAAACUAUUUAGAAUUAGUACCAGAACUUAGGGAAUUAAUUAACGAUUUCUAUAAUACCAAGUAUGGUUCAUGUUUAAAGUAUCUCGAUAAAAUGAAGCCAAUUUUAUUAUUGGAUAUUCAUCUCUAUAAACAUGUGGAGAUUUUAUAUCAAAGAAUUAGAAGCAAAGCAUUGGUUCAAUACUUUUCACCAUACCAAUCGGUCGAUAUGAAUAUUAUGGCCAGUGCUUUCAAUACCACUGUCACUCUUUUGGAAAAGGAGAUCAGUAAACUCAUUAUGGAAAAUGAGAUCCAAGCUCGUAUCGAUUCUCAUAAUAAACGUCUAUACGCUAGAAAAGCCGAUCAAAGAACAACCACCUUUGAAAAAACCGUUCAAGUUGGUUCCGAUUUCCAAAACUCUUCAAAUUCUCUCCUCUUACGUUUAGAGAUGUUAAAUAAUAAUAUCUCAACCGUUUCAAAUCGUAAAGAUAAUGAAAGAGGUAAUUGGGAAAAUCCACAUCAUCAUCACCAAAUGCAACAUCAAAUGUUUGGUUUAUUUAAUAAUAAUAAUAAAUUUUAA